AUGGACAGCUUGACCGGGGAAGGCAACAGUGAUGAGGACCUCAGUUUUGAGGCAGAGAGUCCGCUGGCGCCCCCUGCUGAGCUCCUGGAGAGACCACCAGGCUACCACUGGCUCCCGCAAGCCAGUGAGUUCGGCAGACAACAGGUGUUCUUCCCACCUCUGGAGACCCCAGCGAGACCCCCAGGACAGAGGUCAUGGUCCUGGUUCCUGGGACACAGGGUCCCUGUGGUGACGGAGGAGGUGGCUCGGGAUGCCCUGCUGAGCUUCGUGAGCUCCAAAUGCUGCUACGGCCACGCGGCCGCUGGCGACCUCAUCAUUCGUGAGCUGAAGCAGCAGAGCCUGUGCCGGUACCGACUUGAGACCUUCAGUGAAUCCAGGGUGAGCGAGUGGACAUUCCAGCCCUUUACCAGCCAUGCAGUUGAUGGCCCGCAGAAAGGCCCAUCCCCCAGACUCUGGGACAUCAAGGUCCAGGUGCCCCCAAUGUUCCAGGAAGACACCAAGAAGCUACAGGUGCCCCACUCAUCCCUGGUCAAGGAAUGCCACAAAUGCCACGGGCGUGGGCGCUACAAGUGCAGCUGCUGCCACGGAGCUGGUCUGGUCCGAUGCCCGGCCUGCUGCGGAAGCAAGCGCAGAGCCCGGCAGCCGGCGCGGAGGUGUCCGCGGUGUUCAGGCACUGGCCGCCGCAGAUGCAGCACGUGCUCGGGGAGUGGCAGCAAGACCUGUGCCACCUGCAAGGGGGAGAGGAAGCUGCUACACUCCAUCCAGCUCGUCAUUGCAUGGAAGAACAGCCUGUUUGAGUUCGUGUCCCAGCCCCGGCUCAGCUGCCCCAGGGAGCUCCUGGCAAAAGCCAAGGGGGAAAGCCUCUUCAAGGACGAGGACGUGAUGGUGUACCCCAUUGUCGACUUCCCCGUGCCUGAGAUUGCCCGGGCCUCCCAGAGAGGCAUUGCAGAGCACAGCGCUGCCCUGGGCUCCCGGGCCCGGAUCCUGCAGCAGCGCCAGACCAUCGAGCUGGUCCCCCUCACGGAGGUGCACUACUGGUACCAAGGGAAGGAUGGCGUCUACUACAUCUGCGGCACCGACCACCAGGUGCACGUGGAGGACUACCCUCAGCGGCACUGCUGCGGCUGCACCAUCCUCUGA